AUGGCCGGGCCGGGCUCCCCGCUGCACCAGCACCAGCACCGGCACCGGGCUCAGUGGGUCAGGCUGCUGCUCGGCAUCUUCCAGCUGCUGCUGCCGCCUUUCUCCACGCAAAGUGCCACCCCCUCGGCCCAAGCACUUGCUGACAUUCCCAGCGUAGUGGAGCUUUGGCAAACCGAGGAGGGAGAGGUAUUACUUCACACUCAGGCUGCUUCUGAGCAGAGUACAGAUGACCUGCUUGUGGAUCAAAGCUCAACAAAUCGGCCCACUGCGGAGGCCUUAUAUUUUCAGCCCCCAAUGCUGGAUUUUGGUAUACAGCAAGUGGAGUUGCCCAAAGUCGAGGAGUUUUUUAUUCACAAUCCUAGCUGGGAGUUGCCCGUGACGUUGGUUUCAGGGCUGGCCUCCAGUAGACAUUUUCACAUGCCUUCUAUACAUGGCAGGAUAAUUCCAGCAGGGGAGAAAAUUCUGUUUAGAAUCAUCUUCCUUCCUACAGAAGAAGGCAGAGUAGAAAGUUCUUUAUUUAUAAAUACUUCAACCCAUGGGAUUCUUGUAUAUCAGAUGUUUGGUGUUGGUGUUCCCAGCAGUCAGGUAGCAGUAGAUGAUCAAGAUCACUUCAAUGCCAAACCUGUACUGUUUCCAUAUAUCCAAAAGGUUCAGUUAACACAUCUUCAGGAAAACACUGUGAAUUGCAGCCUGUUCGAGCUGCAUUUUGAGCUUUCUCUGCCAUUACACGUCUAUCAAAACCUCCAGGGGUUUUGCCUGUUGAGCAGCAAUAAGCUUGUAUUAUACGUCCACUUCUCCCACAGCGCAGAAGGAUGCUGUAACGAAUUGGAAAAAAUAAAGAGCUAUUUAUUAGAACAUAUUUUUGUACUUUUCAUACCAGUUAUUGCAGAAAGUACCUCAGGUGAACACAACAUUAUUAUGUAUAUUUUGAAUUCAGGGACCAAAUCUUUAUACAUUAAGAAUUUUCACCUACUGUCUAGACCUGAAGACGCAGUCACUGUUAAGUUUGAGCCAAUACUACUGAAGUCGUCUGCCACAAAUCUUACCAAACUUGCUUCUAUUAAUUGUAAUGCAAAUGCUGUGCCUUUGAGUAGGACAAAUUGCUCCAGUGAAGUGAAUGUCAUUAAAGGUAGCUUAGCACUGAAGAUAUUCCCUGCACUACAGCUGACUGAAGGGUACCUUGGUUGUGAUUUUUCCAAUGAGAUGUUUCAAGUGAAGCCAGAGCGUGGAUCAGGACUCUGGACCAUUUGGUUCACAAAUAACUUCAAGUUCAGCAUUCCAAUAACAGACAUUCGAGUACCAGCGGAGGCUGCACAUGUAUUGACACUCCUGAACUUCCCUGGUCCGGUGACUCUGAUCCCUGGCUGUUGGCAUGUGUUUUCACUGCAGCUGAAACCAGGACAUUGUAUCGCAUUAACCACUCGGCUGCUAAUUGUCACGAGGGUAGGGUUCACAUUUGACCUACCUCUGCAGUUCCACUCUGCACAAGGACAGGAGAAGACGAGCUAUGGUGCAGUGCAGUGUGGUAUACACUGUUAUCUUGGAGCAAAAGCUGCUGUGCAAUGGCACCAGAGUCUCUCUCUGGAUUCCUCUUCAUGGAAAGUCGACUCUGAGCUAGGUUUGGAUUUAUGGCACAAGUGGCAGAAAUUAAGAGGGGCAGGCGAGGACAGGCAGAAGAGGUUUGCAGAGACUGGCUUGUGGCAACGUCUCCGGGGACAGUAUUCAUCGGAUUUACUUUGGCCCCGUUUAAUUCUAAAUCCCAACUUCCUGCUGAACUUCAGUGCCACUGUUUCCCACAAUAGAACGGUGAAACACUUUGUCUUGAAGAACCCUUCGGACAUGCCAGUUGUGGUGCAAAUUCUGCCAGUUUCUCAUUAUCCAAACCCUCAGUUUGCUCUGAAGCUCCUCCUCAAAUGGCAUAAUCUAGAGCGACCGAGCAUAAGCAUCACAACAAAGGAAUUCAGGCUCAUAAUACUGCCAGAGAGUAAAAGCUCAGAUGGUUAUGAGCGAAUGGAGUUGGACAAUGGAACAAGCGUUCAGGUGCUUCAGUUAACCUUACAGCCUCAGGAGAUCAAGAAGGUUGGUGUGGAGUUCACACCAAUAAGUCAGAGUCUGGUCAAGUCAGUCAUACUGAUCAGAAAUAACCUCACAAUACUGGACAUGCUGACCGUGGAAGGCUUUGGGGCGAACGAAGUAUUGAAAAUGGGAGGCAGGAUACCCGGUGGAGGGGGGUCGCUUCGGUUUAAGGUGCCAGAAUCCAGCCUCAUGGAAUGCAGGCACAAGCCAAAGGGAAGUGAACUCAAUUUGACCAUCAGAAGAAGUUUUAAGGUUGAAAACAUUGGACCUCUGCCAGUCACCGUGACUUCAAUGAGCAUCAAUGGAUACAGAUGUCAUGGGUUUGGUUUUCAGAUCCUAGAAUGUCAAUCGUUUGUCCUGGAUACUAACUCUUCACACGAUGUCAACAUUUUAUUUACACCAGAUUUCACUACCUCUUGGGUGAUCCGUGAACUGCAAAUUUUAACUGCAAGAGGCUUGCAGUUUCAGUUCACUCUGAAUGUGACUCUUCCACACCACAUGUUACCUCUUUGUGCAGACUUGGUACCAGCACUUAGCUGGGAGCAGCCUUUCUGGAUGAUCACCUGCCUCUUUAGCUGUUCGUUGUUGGUUUGUGUGGUGCUGAUGGCUUAUCAACAUGCUCAUUACAUUCUUACUGAGUUCAGCCAAUCCAGACCUAGGCCAUGCCAAACCUCCCUACUGCUCCAGGAAGAGCGAACCUCCAUAAACACACUUGGCUCCACUACCUACAAAUUGAGUAGAGCUAGCUGUAAAGCUUACAGUGAUGCUAAUAAUUCACCAGACAAAGGGAAAGGAAAAGGAGCUCUUGCAGUGGGUGCUCCAGCAGCUAGAAGCCAAAACACUCCAAAACGCAGCCCGGUCACCUCAAGCCAUUGCCCUAGGAAACUCAAGUGUCCAGCGCACUACAGCAAAAGUAAAUGGAAUGUAACGGCAAAUACAAGCAGUGGCGCUAGUGAAGAGCAGCAGCAGUCCAAUGGAGGACCGUUCCAAGAUGCAAAGGAGCAGCAUUCUUGCAGUGGCAUCCCCUCGUUUGAAAAGCCGCACAAUAAAAGCUGUAGUAUAUAUCCAGAGAAAGCUCCAGAAAAUGUGCAAAACACAGUACUGGAAUGCGAGAGUACCUCAUUUUUUGCUGCAACUGAGCCAAUUGCUAAUGGUAAACUCGAGGCAUGUGUGCUGACUGAGAAAAUCCCCACUGAACUCCUACUGGACUUUGAGAUGCCUGAAAUGAAAGGAUUGGAUUACUGUGGACCUCGUCAGUUAAGCACUCCAGAUGAAUACCAUAUAUCAGAAGAAAGAUUUAAGACCGAUGAAUCUCAACUCGCUUCCUUCUCAUCUUGUGAAGAUAAUCUACAAGAAGGGACGGUGGAGAAGCUGAGUGAAAAUCUCAAGAUUGUGGAAAAGCUGAAACCCUGUAUACCUCAAGCAAAGACACAUAUUCCAAACUUACAAAACCCAUUGCCUCCCUUUGUAACCAGAAAGUCAAUCACAGUGGAGCAAAUGAUGCCUCCAGACAAUGUUAAACAGAAGAGACAACAGGAGAAGAUGGAAGGAAUUACAACUAGCAAUAAAUGGAAGGGAAGGAAGACGUAUGGGAAAAACAGGAAGAUGGCUGUAGAGGCUGACCAGACUGGUUGUGUGCUCACUGAGAGAAGUCAAGAUUACAACCAGAAGGGGGAGCGAGUUCAAGAUCGACCAAGAAAAGGAUGGCAGUACGGAAAAAGGGAAAAUGCUAAAGUGCAUACAAAACCAGGCAACUUGGUCAAAGUGAUGGAAAAUGGGCAUUGUUCAAAUUGGAAGGCCUUCCCUGGAAAAGUGCAUUCCUCUGAGUCUGGCUCUGAUUCUGGUAGUUCGUCCGGCAGUGUGAGAGCAAGCCGAGGCAGCUGGGGAAGCUGGAGCAGCAGUAGUUCCGAGGGAGAAAAAGACCAAAUCAUGGCUACCAAAUUGCACUUUGUAACCUCUGCUGGACAGAGGGAGCGAGUUUUCCAUCAGGCUUGUCCAGUUUACGCUCAGCCAUUUCUGUAUCAAGAUCCCAAUUCGUGGAGCAGCAGCAGACUGGUUCAUCCCAGCCAAUCAGCAGGGAUUGAUACAUAUUCAACAUGCGAUGAACAGCCUUCCUUGCUCCCAGAUAGAAAUACCUGCCCCACCUUUGCUGCAGUUGCUGCAGGUUUGAAGAAAAGUCCUGGGCUUUAUACAACAACAAAUGGAGAAUGUUUAAAAUCCAUUCCUUCUGCAAAUAGCUUGGAAUAUCACCCCGGAAAUGGUAUACAGAUCAAUCCUCAACAAAGUGCUGUUCCUGAUUACAGCUGUUUGCCUUGGGCCAUGUUCACCAGUGACUAUUGCAUGUUCACCACAUUCCAGGAAAAUGAUUUCUCCAGCGUUCCUGAAGGCUAUCUAAGUAUGCAGCAUCCCUUUACUUGCUCUGAAGACCAAGCUGCAGCAUUCCAUGAUGCAGCUCAUACAAUGACUUGGAAUGUAAACACAACCUCGGAGGCGAGAUGGAAACCUACUAAUUAUGUCAGCAGUCCCCCCUACAUCUCAGGCACGAGAAGCCUAUCUCCCAUGUCUGGACUGUUUGGAUCUAUUUGGACCCCACAAAGUGACCCUUACCAAAGCUACUUCACAAUGGAUAACUCUAUCUCACACGCAGUGCUUAAUGAAGAUCCAGAAUCUCCCUGUACCAAAGAGCAAGUGUCCACUUUUGAUCCUUUUGGCACUUACAUGAACUUGGACAUUUGGAAUUCUUCCUCUAAUCGGAGUUGUAAUUCUCAGCUCUCCAGUGACUCUGGUUAUUACGGGGAUGUUUAAAUUAGGUUUUUGGUUUUUAUAAGAAAAAGUGUGCAUAGAGAUGGUUACAGAUUCUUUACAGAGUAUUUAGGCGACCCAAAUGUUUUUUAUUUUUUUAUUUUUUUCUGGUUCAAAAAAAAGUUUUGUACAACAAAUGUUUUGCACUUAAUACAAAUUUUUUUUUACCCAAAAUCUUUUUUGUUUUUCCUUCAAUAAAGGAUCACAGAAAAACAAAA